GCCCUGUGUGCAGAGCUGGGGACGGGGGUUUUUCCAUCAGGAUUCUUAAACUCUGCAGACCUGCAGAGCAUCUCCUCAGUGCAACAGUUCACCCCCGUGCAGGAUUUGAUGUGUGUCGUGAUGCCACAUGUUGCUGGUCAGCAAAACUUGGGAUUUUCCAAGUGUGAAAGGCAUUUACACAGGAAAAUGACCCAGUGGUGAGCAGAGGGCAGGCCUGCAGUGCAGGAACACCAGGGCUGUCACCUCAGCUCUGUGCCCAGAACCCAGAUGUGCAUUUGGUUUAAUCCCUGUGCGUUUUGGAGGUGGUGGUUGGUUGCCUGUUUUCCCAGGGAGCUGGAUGAAGCGAAUCAGGACACAGAAUGAAGAUGCAGGGACUGCCAGCUGAAUUUAUUCAGUGUUAAGAUGAUAACUGGGCAGGUUUGUGUGCAUCUCUUGACAGUCACAGUGACUGUGCAACCAUCACUUUCUGUCCACUUCACAGGGCACUUGAAUUGUUCAGUGGUACAGAAAUUAAUUGUUAAGAAGCUGGGUGCUCUGGCUCUUUUCUUGGCUUUUUUUUCCCUUUUCCUUUUUCAUCCCUCCUCUCUGACUGUGUGUGUGCUGUCUGAGAUAUCUGAGCUCCUGGCACUUGUCUGCAAACAUUUCUGUUUGUUAUUGAUCCCUCUCCUAUUCCUGAGUCGAUUUGGCAAAGACCUUUCCUUGAUUGUGUUGCCUGCCCUACCACCAGUCUUGCCUUUUACUUUUCCAUUUGUCACCUUUUUCUUUACAGAAUUGCCCUGUUCUCUUACACCACAAGACGUGGCAAUAACAUGGAUGUCUUUUUUUUUUUCAAAAUGCAAAAGGAGUUUCAGAGUUUUAGAACCUCCUCGUGCUGGAACUUUGAACUUAAUUAUAAUUCUCUGAUUUACUUCAACCAAAUGUGGAAAAAGAAGGAAAAACUGAGAUUUUUUUUCCCCCUACAAUGCAUUCUUUAGGUCUUUUAAGCUGAUGUUUUAGAACCAAAGGCAAUCCAGGGCUGGAAUGUUGCUCUCAGUUCCACCUUGGCUGGACUGGAGGAGUGUCUGUGUCCUGCUGCCUGGUUUGCUGAGCCCAGAUUUCUCCCAGAGCCAGAUGGUGCCUUUUGUUUUUCCCUUGUUGGUGCAUUUUUGUUCCCUUUUCUCUUCCCUCCUUACGUGAAUCAGCGAGCACAAAAAAGGAGGUUUCCACCAGCAGCUCAUUUUCUUGCAUUUCCAUCUUUUCUGUGGCACUGAGAAUAUUUUCCUGGGGAAAUUCAGGAAAUGUUCCCAGGUCUGUGCCCCAGUUUGUGGUGGUUUGGCUGAAGGGGUGACAGGGACUGGGGCAGUUACAGGAGCACAGGAUCCUUCCACUGAUUUAACUCAUUUAAUGGAGCAUCACGCCUUGGGUGUGUCCCAGAGCAGUUUGGAAAUACUUAAAAUGAUUUAUCCUAAAUAUUUUUCCCUCAUUUUUACGUGUUUUUUUCACCUUAACUGCAAAGUGUUUGUGUGUUGUUAAUUAGAAAUCUUGUCUUAAUGUUUUCCCAUGAGUGAGAGUGGGUUUAUUUUACAUUUUUAAUGUGUUUUUGUUUCAGUUCAUAGCAUUUCUCAGUGUCUGCUUCAAAAGAAUAAGCUGAUAUUCCAAAUGAGACCAUUGCCAAUGAAACACCAUAUAUUUACCUAUCUUUUUUUAGAGUUAUGUGAUAAAUUAACACUCUUUCCAAAGGUAGAUCCAGUGCAGUUCCAUGUUUUCUCUCAUUUGCAGUGUGAUAACCUCAAGAUUAUUGCAGCCAUAGGUGGCAGAAGAGCCCUGGUGGAAGCUGGCCCAUCCCUGGGAGCUGCAGUGGGUGAAGGAUGCUGAGGGAUCCCAUGAAGUCCUGGAGCGACAGCCAGUCAGACCUGUACAGCAGCGACCAGGAGGAGGAGGAACAGAUGAUUUUUGGGGAAAAUGAAGAUGAUUUGGAAGAGAUGAUGGAUUUAAGUGACUUGCCUACCUCCCUCUUUGCUUGCAGUGUCCACGAAGCUGUUUUUGAGGUGCAGGAGGAAAAGGAAAGGUUUGAAGCCCUUUUCACAGUCUAUGAUGACCAAGUGACAUUCCAGUUGUUUAAGAGCUUCAGAAGAGUGAGGAUAAACUUCAGCAAUCCCGAGGCAGCAGCGAGAGCACGGAUAGAGCUGCACGAGACAGACUUCAGUGGGAAGAAGCUGAAGCUUUACUUUGCACAGGUGCAGGUAUCCAGCGAAAUAGGUGACAAGUCCUACCUCCUCCCUCCACAACCUGUCAAACAGUUCCUGAUUUCCCCACCUGCCUCUCCACCAGUUGGGUGGAAACAGAGUGAAGAUGCGACUCCCCUGAUAAACUAUGACUUGCUGUGUGCUGUCUCCAAGCUGGGACCAGGGGAGAAGUACGAGCUGCACGCGGGGACAGACUCCACCCCCAGCGUCGUCGUCCACGUGUGCGAGAGCGAGACGGAGGAGGAGGAGGAGAUCAAAAACCCCAAACAGAAGAUCCUGCAGACGCGGCGCCCGGACCCCCCCCCGACGAUCCUGGGCGACUCCAAGGCCUUCGAGUGUGCCCUGGAGGUGGGGGGGACCAUGCACUGCUAGAGCUGAGCUGCUCCAGGGGGUACCAACACCAGACACUCCUGAGUCCAUGUGUUGAUGUCUGUGCUGCUGCCGUAGCGACAACAGAUCUGACUUGUAGUUGUCUCUCAUGCUCAAGAGUUUGGAUGCCAAUGCUCUGAAAAGCACUUUAAUUUUAGGGACUAGUCCUGUCCCCACCCCCUCCCCGAGUGUAGCAAAUCCACCUGACUUGAAAUAGUGACAAUUAGGGAGUCUGGUUGUGUUUUGGGUUUGGUUUUUUUUUAAGAUGUUACUCUUUUUUGUUUCUGUUGUACAGUGUGAUGUACCAAGUGCUGAAAUAACCUCUUGCUGUCGUGACUGGGUACCAGAAAGCUCCUUGCACAGCAAUUUAAAGCUGAUCUGUGCUGGUCCAACAGCUUCCAGUUAAUAUAGUGUUAAACACAAGUGAAAUGCACUCUUUGUGCUAAAAUUCCUCCCCAGCCGAGGUGAGGAUUAACCUUUGCUUUCCUCAGAAAGGCCAAGUGUGUGUUUGUGAUUUGACAUGAGGCACAAACACAGGGAUGGAGCUGAACUCAGCUGGGUUUGGUGGCUGCAGGGGGGAAGAGCCACACGCUGAGUCCGUCACCAACACUCCUGCUCUGAGCUCUGGGUGGUGCACUGGUGCUUUGCACUGACACCUAAUCAGGAGUUAAUUACAGCAGGUAGAUUAAAAUAUGGGUCCAGCUGCUGAAUGGGUUGUCUCUGAUCCUCUCUGAACAUGUCCAGUCCUGGAGGCGGCUCCUGGGCCGGGUAACGCAGUGACUGUUAGGUCAUGUCAGGAGAUCAGGCACUGAGGGUUAAUUUUUAACUUCUCCAGUCUGUUUUGUAUUUUCAAAGACAAUCAGUUGCCUGGCUUAGCCAGUUCUUAUGCAGUUUCAGCCCUUGUUUGCUGUUUUCCUGUGUGGCACCCUACGUGUCUGGCAGAGCAUCUGCUGCCUCUGAGAGCAGGGUGCAUCUUUUAGAAUACAGAUCUUUGAUUUUGUGAUCUUGUGUUAAGUGUUUUUUAGUAGGAGGAAAAUAUGCCUUGGUAUAACAACACCUGCUCCUGUGCUUUUAUGCUAUUUUAUAGCCAAACUUUUUUAGUCUAGACAGAUUCUUCUUUUUUUUCUAUUUCAGAGGAUAAAAUGAUUUGUGAACAAACCAGGCUGCUGAUGUUUGUGUGUAGAAAUCAUUUGAGUCGUUCAGAAAUUCAGAUUUUUCAGGUUCAUUUUAGUGUGGUUCAGUUGUUCAUGACGUGCUUAUUGAACUUCCCAAAGUGUUUUCACUUGGCUGCCAGCAGAGAGAAAAGGAAUGGUCAGGGAUUCACAUGGAUGGAGCAGUUUCCAGCUCUUGUGCUGUCCUGGAUUGUGAUCCCUCCCACCACCAGCUUCACGUUGCAAAGUGGGAUCCUGCAGGCAGGUCCUUGUUCCAGAGGCAGGAAUAGCAUAGAUUAAAAAGGUAGGAAAAUGGGGUUUGUUCACCUUGCCUCCACAGGUGUGAUAUUUAUGUAUCUCUUCAGGUAUUAAAAUCACUCAAAGACCAACUUCUCUGUCUCACUGUUCUGUGGUACUGAAACAAAGAGGAAAAACCCAACAAAACCCUGUAUUACCCAUCAGGCUUGUGGAUUUUUAAAACUCCAGAAGCCCUGUCUGGAUUCUCUGUGUUGUUUAUAUUUUGUUAGCUGUUUAAUUUCUACCCCACUGUAGAAGGUGCUGUGAGUAGGAAUAAGUGGAAAACCCUCAGAAACAGUUUUAUGAGGCGAAGCAAGUGUGAUGUUGUCGAUGUGUAAACGUGUAAAAUGUGGAACAUUCCAGCACUUCUCAUUGUGUAAAGACACUUAAAAUAAAACAAUGCAGUGCCAUUCACA